AUGGUCCACAAAGCGAUCCAGGCGGCACGUGAGGGCGAUCUGGAGGCUCUCAGGGUCAUGUGGGCGUCUGGGGGUCUCACGCCGGGCGUCGCUGAUGAUCAGGGGGCCACGCCGGUGCAUCACGCUGCGCGCGCGGGCCGGAUGGAGUGCCUGCGCUUCCUGGUGAGGGAGAUGAACUUCAAAGGAAACGCACGUGCCAGAAACGGAGCCACGGCCGCUCAUGACGCCGCCGCCACCGGGCACGUGCUGGAGCUGCAGUGGCUGCUGGGAUACGGAGAGUGCAGUCUGGAGGAUCAGGAUGCUGAAGGAGCCACAGCUCUCCAUUUAGCGGCCCGGUUCGGUCGUGCAGAUGUUGUGCAGUGCCUCCUGACUGCAGGGGGCAGCACUGAGCUCCAAACCCACUGUGGGGCGCUCCCUGUCCACUACGCUGCUGCAAGCGGAAACCUCACCUGUGUCAAACUGCUCAUGUCCCACUCACCACAGACUGUGGACCAUCAGAUGCACACCGGAGCCACGCCCCUUUACCUGGCCUGUCAAGAGGGGCAUCUGCACGUGUUGGAGUAUCUGGUGAAGGACUGCGGUGCAAACGUCCAUCUGCAGGCCCGAGACGGGAUGAGCAUCCUGCAUGCCGCCGCCCACAUGGGCCACCACGCUCUGGUGGUCUGGCUGACGUCGUUCACAGACGUGGACUUGUCCUGCCAGGAUGUGAACGGAGCCACUGCUCUGCACUUCGCUGCCAGUGAGGGACACCAUCGCAUCCUCCAGCGCCUCCUGCAUACGGACGCCAAAAUCCUGCGAGACUGCUGGGGCGGGACACCGCUGCACGACGCCGCCGAGAACGGAGAACUCGAGUGUUGUCGGCUCCUGAUGGAGCAUCACGUCAGUCCGCUGGAGAAGGACGUGGACGGAUUCAGUGCAGUGGACCUGGCGGAAUAUAACGGGCACCGUGACUGCGCCGCUCUCCUCCGAUCAUACACUCAGCAGCCAGUAAAGGAGGUUUCUCCUCAGCCUCGUCUCAAUCCAUCAAGCCAAGAUUUUUCGUCCUCUCAAUCUUCUAGGAAUGGAAUGGGCUCCAUUCAACACGUCCAAGUGGCAUCAGCAGUGGUGUCCACCAUAAAAAAGUGUCUGGAGGAAAGCGGGGCACCGGUCCCUCAGACGAAGUCUGUGAGGUCCUGGAGACAUGCAGGAAUGACAGCAGUCUUCACUGGACGUGUGGUAAGUCUGUUUAAAGGUGAAAAUGAAAUGAUUGCACUCCCAGAUGAGGAGGUGACUCUUGCUGAUAUAGACUCGUUAGUUCCUACACAUGAUGAACACGGGAGCCCCAUUGCAGAAUGGAAGAGGCAAGUUAUGGUGCGUAAACUUCAAGCAAGGCUCCAGGAUGAUGAAGACGAGUGGAGAAAGGAUGACAAAGCCAUGGAUGGCUGGAGGUACUCCAAGGUUCGCAAUGCUAUUUUGGGCCCCUUCGGUGAGUUGCUUACAGAGGACGACCUGGAAUACUUAGAAGGGCAGAUUGAGACGGUUUCCCUCCAGAAAAAGUGUCAGGCAUACGAGUUGGAGUUAACACGUCUGGUCGAGCAACUCCAGACUCUCUUGCCUGCUCCAAUUGUCAACAUCACCAUUAACACUCAAUUCCAGCAGAAGGCGGAGGUGGUGGACACUCUUACACUUCCCGUCUGGUGCAGCCGUAUCUCAGGCAUAGUGAAGAGCAUGACUCUGCUUCUGAGCAGCUUGUCAGAGAAAAAUGUAGAGGAUGGCAUUUCCAAAAUGCCCAACAAAGAACUGGCAUCAGUGUUCUCAACUCAGCCAGAAAGGCAUAAGGGCAAGCGAGAGAAGGUUGAAAUGGAGAUCCAGUUGUCAGGAGUUUCUGUAAGGAAUCUGAGGUCAACUUUUGAAGGUCAAAUUGAGAACAUCUAUCCAUUUUCAGAAAUGUCUAAUCACCAGCAGAAUGCAUCCAAUCCCUCACAAACAGAGGUUUUCCUCAAUCAAGACAAUAAUCUUGGUAACUUAAGUUGCAAACAUACCAAUAGCAAGGAACCAGCUACUGUUCUAGAAACCACCAGCUUGCGCAAAGAGCGAAUCGUUGUCUUAUUCUUGGGUCAUUGGAAAAAGUCUGCCUAUGCAAUCUCAAUGAGAGCUAAAAUGAAACAAGAUCAGAGAUCAGCUGAGACUUACAUACGAGGUCACAAACUGCCAUCUCCAGUCCCUCAGUCAACCGGCUGCUCCUUGUAUCAUCUUUACAGACAACGGACAGCUAUAGACAAAAUGGUUCACAACUGGAGGGCAAUCAGCUCAGGGGUUCCCUCACGCCAGAUCCGGAACCUUCAGAAAAAGACAGUCACUUAUUCUCCUGAGCACUUCCUCCCCCGAGUAGACGGUGCACCCAUUCCUUAUGAAAGCUUGACCCUUGAUUUGUUCAUGCUGGGGUACUUCCACAUCCUGGAGCAGGACCUGCCAGCUGAUGAGCGCAAAAUGAGACAUCUGCUCUGCUUUGAAGUAUUCGACCAUGUAGGGAACUACCCAUGGGAAACAGUUAGAGAUUUCCAUCGGGCUGUCCUGAAAGACAUAGAGGAUGGAAAACGGCAAUGGAAAGAUGGCUUCCAAGACAUCAAGGCCCGUUUCUUUGAGUGUAAAACAAACGGUGGGGCCAACAGAUCUUCAAAGGACUCUGAGCGUAGGACGGUCCCUAGAGUCAUGGUUGAGCAUGUUGCACAAGAUGAAGGAAAACAACAGGCAGAUGGGAACACAGACUGGUCAUGUUUUACAAAUGAUGAAAUCUGCAAAUACAUCGACCGCAGUUUUGUUUUCUGGAAAGAGAAAGAAGCUGAGUUGUUUGACUUUGAACAUUAA